AUGAGUAUUAUAGAUCUUUGUAAUAAUAGUGAUAAUACACUCGAUGUUUCUGAUUUUGAUGAUAACGAUAUAAAUAAAGUUGAACAAUUGAAAAUUGUUGAACAACACUAUGAUUUGGAACCAUUUUUAUUAUUAUCAUGCCAAGAUAUAUUAAAAACAAUUCCUCUUCUUGAUCCAAAAUCUCGUUCAAAUGAAUCGGGUUAUAGUUCAAAAACCGAAUGUAGUAGUCCAGAAAAUAAAACAAAUCGACAUAAUGAUAUGAAUAGAAUGAAAAAUAAUAUUAAAACUGAUCAAUUAAAAGAAAAAAAAUCAAUGAUACAUAAAACAAUAUUAUCAUCAUUUGAAAAUUUUAUACAAAAGGAACGAAAUUUACAACCACAAGACCAUCAACAAAUAUCACCUCGAAUAUUAUCUGAUAAUGAACAAAAAAUUGAUGUUGAUAGACGUACUCAAAAAGUAAUUCGACGAUUAUCACCAAUUAACGAUGAAUCAUCCCAUAUAACUAGUGAAUAUUUGUCAAACAAUAAAGAUUUAAUAACUGAUCAACGUUUUCCAAUAGUGAUUCCCACCGAUAAUGAUAAUACAUCUCUUUCUUUUCCUCCUGUCUCUCCAGUAUCUAUUCGUAAUUCUCACACAUCAUUACCAACAACAGCGUUAGCACGACGCCAUUUUCAUGUCUAUGAUGAUUGGACACGUUUAAGUUUUUAUGAUAAUGUUGAAACAGUCUCACCACAAUUAAUGUCAUUGUCAAAUAAUGAACCAUUAAUUAUUGAUUUUGAUCCGAUCACCGCAACUACCACCGCCACUACUACAUCUGCUUCAUCACCAACCUCAUCACAUGAUGAUAAACGUUUCGUCACAUUUAAACGUCGAGAUGAUAAACGAACAGUAAUUGAACAACAUGAUUCAUCAUCAAAUAGUUUAUGUGAUGUACGCCGUACACAAUAUGAUAGAAAAGACUCAGGACUCGGAACGAGUAGUGUUGAAAGACAAAUUGAUCUUGAAAAAAAAAAUUUAUCUGAUAUUGAACAAUCAGCUCAUAGACAACAACGAUCAUUAUCCACUACUUCAUCAUUGUCCACAUCAACAUCGUCUAUUUCUUCAAGGAACAGUAAUACUAAUAAUGUAACAACAACAUCAUCAUCCGCAUCAAAUCGUUUACCUACAAGUAGACGUGUCAGAGUAAAAUGGCAUUCAUUUACAAAAUCUCAUCGACCAAGUUUUAAUUCUUCUAAAUAUCAUGUAUCAUCAAUGUCUGUUGGACAACUGUUUGCCUUACGUCGUGCAGCAUCAAUAAGAAUACAAGAAUUACUUGAUCCAAGACACACAUCAUUACCAAAUAAUGAUUUCGAUCCUUCAUCUGUGAAUAUUAAUUACAAUAAUAAUAUUAAUAAUAACGUAUCAGUAGCAGCUACACCAACACGUAUUGUAACACCAUUUUGGAGUCAUGUACCCAAACUCAUCAUAAGAAGACAUAAAAAGGAAUGUCAUCAUGAUACCAAAGAAGUUAAAAAGUCUGUAUUUGGUGUAUCACUGAUGGCAAUGACACAGAAAACAGGUCAUCCUGUACCAACAACAAUAUUAUCAGCAAUGAAAUAUCUUCGUCGUACAUCCAUCGAUUCUGUUGGCAUAUUUCGUAAAUCUGGUGUAGUAAAUAGAGUAAAACGUUUACAUGAGUUAAUUGAAUCGGAUUUAGAAUUUCAUAGUUUUGAUGAUUAUUCACCAUACGAUGUUGCCGAUGUUAUCAAACAAUAUUUUCGAUGUUUACCAGAAAAUUUAUUUACAACAAAAUUAUCCUCCGUAUUUCUUAAUAUAAGUGAAUAUUUUUCACCUCCUAUAUCAGUUGAGUCAACAACAAUGAAAAUUAAUAAUGAAAAACGUUUACGAGCAUUGCAAUACGCCAUAUUAUUGUUACCAGAUGAACAUCGACUUGUUUUACAUUUACUUUUAUCAUUUUUAAAUGAUGUAUCAAAACAUUCAAAAACAAAUCAAAUGAGUACAAUAAGUUUAGCCACAUGUUUUGCUCCAACACUGUUUUCGUUUCGUCAGUAUAAUCAAACCGGUGUUGUAUCUCCUCGACAGAUAAGAAAACUAAAUAAUGCGAAUACAUCGUCAAUAAUUCACAAUGGUUUAUCUAUAGCAGCUACACCUAUUCUCGGUAUGCCUGACUAUCGAGAAAUACAUGAACAACGUAAAGCAAUGGAAAUUUUGUCUUGUAUGAUUGAAAAUGUUCGACUAUUAUUUCUUGUACCUGAUGAAUUACAUCAAAGUUGCCAAUUUUCCUAUAUAGAAAUAGGCGAACCAUGUACGUUAGAUGAAUUAUCGCGACGUGUAACAGAAAAUUCAAAUCCAACAUUGCUUCCUCCACAAUCAUCAACUCAAAAUACACAAAAAUAUCGUCGUUGUUCAUCUAGUAAUUUAGUAUGUAAACGUAGCACUACUCAACAACGUGCAGCAACACAAGCUACUACCUACGUAUCUGCGAGUUCAUCAAUUGGAUCCCUUAGCUCAUCGGCAUCUGCUUCAUCAUCCUGUGAAAACAUGAUUUUAUCUAAUAAUAAUAAUAACAGUAAUAAAAAUAAUAACAAUAAUAAUAAUCGACAAAUUUCCACAAAAGCAUUAUCAUCGUCCCGCUUAUUUUCUGAACAAACAUCUGCUUCUUCAAGUUGUUCAUCCGCUUCAUUCUCACAAAAAUCCAAUUAUAAAGCAUUUAUUGACCGAUGUAUUGAUGAAAUAAUGCGUGAAUCGUGUCAUACUAAAGUGAAAGGUUGGCAAUCAUUUGGAAAACAUAAUGAAAUAGAAUUAGCCUAUAAAAAAUUAGAUGAUGGUUGUCCGUUAAGUUUAUGGAAAUGUACAACGACCGUUGAAGCACCACCUCUAGAUAUUUUAAAUCGUCUUUUAUAUGAACGACAUUUAUGGGAUGCCGAUUUUCAAAAUGGUACUGUUAUUGAAUUAUUAAAUAAACAAACACAUGUAUAUCAAUAUAUUGUUAAUGAAUUAGCACCGUUAGCAUCAAGAUAUUUUGUUGAAGUCAGAUCGUGGAGAACAAAUAUUCAAAUGAAUAAUGGACAACAAGUAACAACAGCAACAAAUCAAUCAUCAUCACAAUUAUUAACUGUAGGAUCAUCAUCGUCAGCAUCUAGUAGUGCCAUUCAGUCAUUUACACAACAACAACAACAACAAAAACGUGAAAGUUGUGUACUUGUUUGUACAUCUAUUGAACAUCCAAAAGCUCAUUGUCCACCAACCUUAGUUCGUGCUGUCACAUUGGCAUCACGUUAUUUAAUACAAUCUUACGGAUGUGGAAAAUCGAAAAUAACACAUUUAAGUCGUGUUGAUCUUAUGGGUCGUUCAACUGAAUGGUAUCAAAAAGCCUAUGGAUCAAUUUUAAUACGAUAUAUGAAUAAAGUAAAAGAAUCAUUUGCUCAUUCAUCUACAAAUUCCGAUGGUCCUGAAACAAAAGUUUAA